AUGGAAGCUGGUGCCCCAAGUCACCCCCCUCCCCAGAAUGUGGAGACUAAAGAUGCGGACCCGGACCCGAAACCCACAAAGACGGUUGGCCGAACUCCGGAUGGGACUACCUUUACUGUACCGACAACACAUGACAUGGUCUCCCAGCUCCUGGACCCGAGACAACCCAAGAAUCUUUCGGAUGCUGUAGUGCUCGCUAUCCUUGCUAGCCAUAUUACCUUGCUGUACCUUCUGCCAUGGCACCUCAAGCGGCAGGUGUUUGCUGUGGUCUUUCUUCUAUGGCGCGCUUCCUACAACCUGGGUAUUGGUCUGCUACUUAGAGCUCAGUCCAAUGACAACAAGCUUGUUAUCUGGGCAAAGAAGUGGAAACUAUUUGAGAACCCUUUGAGUGGCAGCAACCCCAGACCUUGGCUCUAUAACCUCCUCAAACGGGAAUUGGAAACCAAGAUUCCAGCGGACUAUGUCUUCGAGAAAUCACCUCUCGAAUACAACACGUGGCUCGUCUUCCGAAGGCUUGUGGAUCUCAUCCUCAUGUGUGACUUCGUGUCUUACUGCCUCUUCGCCAUUGCUUGCACACACCAACCAGACGGAGAGACACUCGCAGUAACGGCAGCACGUUGGCUGUUGGGUUUGAGUCUUAUCGGCUUCAACCUAUGGGUCAAGCUGGAUGCCCACCGGGUUGUGAAAGACUAUGCGUGGUACUGGGGAGACUUCUUCUAUCUCAUUGACCAGGAGUUGACGUUUGAUGGCGUGUUUGAGAUGGCACCGCAUCCGAUGUACUCGAUUGGCUACGCGGGUUACUACGGCAUUUCCAUGCUGGCUGCUAGCUACUCGGUCCUUUUCAUCUCCAUCGUUGCGCAUGCCGCGCAAUUUGCGUUUCUCUAUUACUUUGAAUCGCCACACAUUGAGAAGAUAUACAACCCCCCUACUCCCCGUAAACGUGCAGACGCCCAAAACUCACUCGUAGCGCAGCCAGUCCACUCGACUGGCGCAGCCCAACCUGCGGCAACUGAGUACCCUCUUAUGCCGCUACAGCAAGAGUCUCCAGUUCCAGUCCAUAAGUUGCUGGGCCUGAGAAACUUCGAUCUUUUUCGCACCACCGACUACUCGACUGCGCUCCUGAUAUUCUACCAGGUCGCAUUGACCCUUGUCACGCCAGACAGUCCGAAGGUCCAGUUUCUGUUCGUACUGCAUGCCUUCGCCUGGAGGCUCUGGUACUACAUCGGCCUGGGCUUUAUUCUUCACCUCCAGUCAACUAACAAGAUGUGGACUCGUCACUUCCUCAAGUUUGGCGACGGUAUUGGAGAGGCUUGGAAUCAGUGGAAAGCAAUGUACCACAUAUCCCAGCUUCUUACUUACACUUCCUUCAUCGCCGCAUGCUGGAAGGUAUACUCAUUCCCACAUGAUUGGGACUAUGGCUUUGUGGCCCUGAAGCAUAUCGUCGGAUCCGGCCUCAUCGCGCUCCACAUCUGGACUUCCGUGAGCAUCUACGACUCGCUGGGGGAAUUCGGCUGGUUCUGUGGUGACUUCUUCUUCGACCGUGGCGCCAAGCUGACCUAUACGUCUAUCUACCGGUUCUUGAACAACCCGGAGCGCAUAAUCGGCACUGCUGGGCUCUGGGGAGCAGCUUUGAUCACAUGGAACAAGUCCAUCAUGAUCCUGGCGCUCACUGGUCAUCUCCUGACUUUGACGUACUUGGAGAUGGUGGAAAAGCCGCAUAUGUCCAAGAUCUACAAGAACAUCCGGAAAGAGGCUGGGCUUACCAAGUUCAUCAAGAGCUCCUUGCCCCCACCAGUCAAAGAAUGGGGCUCGAGUGUCAACAAAGUCAUGGACGGCACUUCACUUUUCGUCGAGGACUUCUUGGAGACGGCUGGUCCCAAACUUGCCGCAGGUGUUUCGACGAUCGUCCGAGACACUACCGCAUUGUUCAACAAUGUUCCUGCUCGUCUGACGCUCACGCGGCUUUCGCCAGAUCUGGCAGGCUUCAAUCCCAAGGACUAUUCAUUGACAGUGCACGGCGAACCAGCAACGCACUCGGCCAUAACCGAGCAGUCUACUGGCAAAGAAGGAACUACUGCCCGCUUCCCUUAUGAACUUAACACCAUGAUUCUAGAAUAUGGAGCCCCGAUCAAAGUCAUGUGGACUGCGCCAGCAGACCACGGCAAGAAAGAUUGGAUCGGACUAUACAUGGUUGCUGACAACAGAUCUCGAGAGGCAACCGAAGUAUCUUCGCGCGGAAGAUGGAUACCCACGACACCAGGUCAAUAUGACUCCCUCGUAGCCGACAAGGGCAUCCUGCUGUCAGAUAAACCUUCCACCACAGUGGACUCGUCAGACGGUAACCUCGUGCGAGGAGAGGUACUUUUCGAGGGCGACAAGAUGUGGUGGACCCGAGGAGUGUUCGAGUUCCGAUACCAUCACAAUGGUGGCCACAGCGUAAUGAAAAUAUCUCAGCCCUUCGAGAUACAUAUUGGACGCUUCGACGAAGAGGACAUCGAGGUUGACUCGCAAGGACUAUACCAAAAGUCGGUCGAGUCGGCCCUUCUUCCUCUGGUGAAGAACUGCUUCGACCGCGACCCGGACAUUGCGCCAAACACUUCUGAGGAAUCCUUUGGCGGUCAUGUGGAGCGCGACGGCAAAUACGCUAGGAGAGUUGUUUACGGUAUCAAGGAAAUGUUCGGUAUUGACUUCGCCCCUGCUGUCGUGCGGGCAGAUGGCAACGUGAAGAAUCUUGCCUGGAGGAUCUGCAACGCGAAACAGGCUCUCGCGCCGUAUUCUAUGUCACAUUCUAAGGGGACGACGACACCAGCGGCGGAGAAGGAGCUAGCGUCGACGCAAGAGAAAGGGGCCCCUCCCAGCCCUUGA